AUGGCCCCAAGGUCAAGCAGGGGCAAAGGGAACAACAAAGCCAAUAAGAAUGAGAAGAAGAAGAAAGAAGAGAAAGUUGUUCCAAGUGUUGUUGACAUUACUGUCGUCACCCCCUAUGAAACUCAAGUUGUUCUCAAGGGCAUCUCAACUGACAAGAUAUUGGACGUGAAGAAACUGCUUGCUGUGAAUGUUGAGACGUGCCAGUUUACAGACUAUUCUCUCUCUCACGAGGUUAAGGGACAUCAAUUGAGUGAUAAGUUGGAGGUUGUGAGCCUCAAGCCGUGCCUGCUGAGAAUGGUUGAAGAGGAUUACGCGGAUGAGUCACGCGCCGUGUCCCACGUUCGAAGGCUUCUCGACAUCGUCGCGUGCACGACACGCUUCUCCAAGCCCAAGGGCGGCGGCGGCGGCGGCGGCGGCGCAGAGUCUCGUCAGAAAAAAAGUAAAGCGCAGAGGAGCACGGCGGCGUCGGCGACAGCCGCGUCGGGCGGAGAAUCGCGGUCGACGGAAACUCCGCCGCCGGCGAUUUCCCCGGUCUACGACAUGGUGGCCAUUCAGCCGAUUCCGAAACUUUCGGAUUUCUACGAGUUCUUCUCUUUCUCGAACCUCUCUCCACCCAUUCUGCAUUUGAAAAGGGUCGAAAGUAAAAUUGGAGAGAAGCUGCGGGACGGCGAUUAUUUCGAAAUGCAGAUAAAGAUAUGCAAUGGGAAGAUAAUAAACGUGAUGGCAUCAGCCAAAGGGUUCUACACUUUAGGGAAACAAUUUCUGCAGAGCCACUCUUUGGUAGAUCUUCUGCAACAGCAAAGCCAAGCUUUUGCAAAUGCAUACGCAUCCUUAAUGAAAUCAUUCGUCGAACACAAUAAGUUUGGUAACCUCCCAUACGCCUUCCGUGCAAACACCUGGCUUGCCCCUCCUUCCAUUACCGACUCAACAUUGAAAUAUGUGCCUCUACCAGCAGAGGAUGAGAGUUGGGGAGGAAACGGUGGAGGCCAGGGGAGAUUAGGAGAGCAUGACCAGAGGCCGUGGGCAACAGAUUUCGCCAUCCUGGCCAACAUGCCAUGCAAGACUGACGAGGAAAGAGUGGUUCGGGACAGGAAGGCAUUUCUGGUUCAUAAUCUCUUUCUGGAUGUUGCCAUUCUUAAAGGGGUCUCAGACAUACAGAAGGCUGUGUAUUGUGCCGGGAAGGGUGGUGUGGGGGAGUUUCACCCGGGUUCAGUCGUGCACGAGAGUCGAGUCGGGGAUAUGUUGAUUACUAUCAAAAGAGACGAGGCGGAUGCGGCCUCGAAAGGGGAGGUGAAGAUUGUUGGUGGUAGAAUGUCUGAUGAGUCUGUUGGAGAAGUUUCCCGGAGGAACCUGCUUAAAGGAGUGACUGCCGAUGAAAGUGUGGUUGUGCACGAUACUUCCUCAUUAGGUGUUGUAGUAGUUAGACAUUGUGGCUACAGUGCAACUGUCAAGGUGGUUGGAGAUGUGAAAAAAGGAAGGAGUCUUUCACAAGAUAUCGACAUUGAGGACCAGCCGGAUGGCGGGGCUAAUGCACUCAAUAUUAACAGUUUACGAAUGAUGCUAAACAAGCCAUGUGCUGAAUCACCAGUCAGAGUUCAGUCAGAACUGAUAGAUGCUGAAAAUUCUGGAUGCGUUCAGAAAGUAAUAAAAGAUUGUCUGACGAGGCUAGAGAAUAAUACUCCCACAACAGAAAGCUGUUUUAGAUGGGAACUCGGUUCUUGUUGGUUGCAGCAUCUCCAGAAGCAGGAAACGCCAGAAGUUAACAAUUCUGGAAGUCCUAAGGAUAGCAAUAAGGCUGAGCCGGAGGUUAAAGGACUCGGGAAACAAUUUAAACUGCUAAAGAAGAGGGACAAGAGAAUACCCACUGCAAGUGAGAAGGAUGAAGAAUUUCACGAUGAAUCUGUCGACCUAAACACAGAAAACGAAACUGGGGAAAUGAAAACUUGUAGUAAGAAUUUUGAGUUGCUGAAUCACGUUUCUGAAGAGGCCUUUUUACGCUUGAAAGAAACUGGACUGGACCUUCACACAAAGUCAGCGGAUGAACUGGUCAAGAUGGCACAUGAGUAUUAUAAAGAUGUUGCUUUACCUAAGCUGGUAACAGAUUUUGCAUCACUCGAACUUUCUCCAGUUGAUGGCCGUACGCUGACCGACUUUAUGCAUCUUAGAGGCUUACAGAUGCGCUCUUUAGGUUGUGUGGUGGAACUUGCAGAUAAGCUUCCUCACAUACAGUCUCUCUGUAUUCAUGAAAUGGUUACUCGAGCUUUUAAGCAUGUGGUUCGAGCUGUUAUUGCUUCUGUUGGGAGCAUAGAGAGCAUGUCCACUGCUAUAGCCACAACCUUAAAUUUUUUGCUUGGGUCUUGUAAUGUUAAAGAUGAUCAAGCUCUCAAAUUGCAAUGGCUACGAGCAUUUUUGGAGAAACGGUUCGGUUGGAAACUGCAAGAUGAAUUCCAACACCUGAGAAAGUUAUCUAUCCUUAGGGGACUUUGUCACAAGGUUGGAUUGGAGUUGGCCCCUAGGGACUAUGAUCUGGAAAGCUCUGCUCCAUUUACGAAGUCUGAUAUCAUCAGCAUAGUGCCAAUCUGCAAGAAUGUCGGGUGCUCAUCUGCUGACGGACGAACUCUACUUGAAUCAUCCAAGAUUGCAUUAGACAAGGGGAAGUUGGAAGAUGCUGUCAAUUACGGUACAAAGAAGCCCGUCGAGACAAAUGGGAGAAAGCUCUCGGCCUCGGCUGAGCCCUUCAGCCCGGGCUCCUACCCCAUGGGCACCGCAGUCAGCGGGUAUGUCGUCCUGCUCGGACAAGGCCCACUCGCAGAGCCGGUCGGGUUCCCCUCAGUCACCACCAGGGUCCCCUGCGGGCCUCGCUCACCCAUGUACUACCGAGCCAGCCACGGCUUCCGGAUCCGGCCCGGGUUCCUAGGCUACAGUAGCUCGAUGGGUUUCGCCUCCCAGAAGACGAUGAACCCGCACGCGCCCGAGUUUGUCCCUAGACGAGCGUGCCAGACAAAAGAAGAUUUGAAAGAAAAGACUACAUAUUCUAACACUGUGGACCCUACAGAGUCUGCAGUCAAGAACGCCGAAGAAAAGCGUACAGCCAUCAUGAGGGGGAAGAACAGCAGCACGGAGGCCGAGAAAGCUGAGCUGGCAAGGCAGAUACUACUAAGCUUCAUAGUGAAAUCGGUGCAGACUAAUAAUAAUGCUAAUGCUUCGGAUUCUUCAAAUGCGGCUCCGGAUGCUAACAAGAAGUACGAGUUUUCGAGCAACUCUGCAGAGGCAAUCGCGAAUGAUAGCGCGAUCAUAGAGAUUCUUUACACAAGUGAUGAGAAAACACAGGCCAAUGGAAACGAGAGGCAGAGCACUUUGGGUGGUGAUAAUAAAAGCAAGACGAGGGACGGAGAAGGUUUCGUGCUCGUGACCAAGAGGAGGAGGAACAAGCAGCAGCUGCCAAAUGGCGUGAAUGGGCUGUAUGGUCAGCAGUCAAUCUGUGCUUCUGUACGCUGA